AGCCCGAACGUGUUCGCCAUGAGCUACCUGAUAGAAGAAGCCAAUCAAGUAUUCCAACCACUGCUGGAGAAAUAUUCAAAGGCUGGGGAUGUGGAGUCCCUGAACUCCAUCCACAACCUCCUCCCAGACUUCUCCCUCAGGAAGAUGGCCUUCAACUACUUCUACUCCAAGGCGUUCAUCGAGAGUGAAAGGUAUGAAGAUUUGCUAUUGGAAAUGGAGAAAAACUUGGGACACAAAAAUAAGGUGUUUUCUGCCUCUGCAUUUCAAGAGCUGCUGAAAAUUCCAAGUCUGGAGGAAAGAUGUCUCGAACUGGCAGAGAGAUACAUGGAGUUGAGCUUUGAUGUUCCAGUGGCUGUCCUGUGGGCCCAUUAUUUUGUGAAUGAAAAUUUUGAGAAAGCAGAAACUAUUCUGAAGCGUCACGGUGUUUCUUUUGAUAAGAUCGAUCCCUCCGUCCUCAGGGCAAUCAGAAAAACAGAAAAUAUCUCCAUGGGUAAGAAAUACAUCGAAAUCCUGGAGGACAGGCCAUCAGUCAGGCAGAGGACAAAAGAGAGAGCCUACGGGACACUUCUAGACAUACUGGUGCUGAAGGAACAGUAUGACGAAGCAGCAUCCUUGGCUUCGCGAGGAGAGAGGAUGGGCCUUCCCUUGCACAAGUACUACUUCUCGACCCUGAUGACCUUGAAGAAUGCCCUGGAGAGGGAGGGUAAACCCGUGCCCUUCACUGUCUCAUCUGAGGAUUCGGGUUCCAUCUCGCCGCAAGCCAUCUGAAGAGUUUCAAAUGAACAUUAUGUAAUUUGAUGGAAGCGUUCUCCCAUUUCUGGGAGAAAAGUGUGGAAGCCCGGGGGCUUCUAAAAAACAGUAGAUACUUUCCAAAGCUAUGUAUAGAACUUUCUUCAAGUGUAAAAUAAAAUGCUUUCCAUUCUGUUGUU